AUGGGAACUCAGGCAGGAAGUUAAAGUGAAGUGAACUACAGGUUUGACAAUGUCAUUGCAACAAAGAAUUGCAUUUCACUCGCGGUUGAACAAAUUUACUUUAAACUCGGAGUAUUGGCAUAGUAGGCGAGAAAAUAGGAUUUGCGGGGACAGAGCAAGUUUCACUACAGUUGCACUCCAACCUAACAUUUCCUGUCUGAAGACAACUUUGACAAGCAGCAUCCAUUCGCGCUGUAAACAAUGUAACACUGAUUAUGGCUCUUGCAACCUUGACAAACGAACAUGGAGGAGACUAUUUACGGGAGUGAGCGCGACUCUGGUUUUUAAACGGAGCUUUUUAUUUGUCAGAGAGUUGAGCACCUCCAUACUUCAGUAUGAAUUGAAAACAGAUAUGACAAAGUCUGGAAACCGGAGGCUGUAUUUUGAUACCCAUGCAUUGGUUCGACUCCUCGAAGAAAAUGGCUUCACCACUCAGCAAGCUGAGGUGAUUGUCAGGAUGAUGGUCAGGACAACAAACUCCAACAUGGAUCUAAUCUAUAAUGACAUGGUAACCAAAGUGCAGCAGGAGAUCAUGUUGCAAAGGGUGUUUUCCCAAAUUGCAUCUGUGAAAAAGGACAUGAUUAUCCUUGAAAAGAGUGAGUUCUCUACUUUGCUGGCAGAUAAUGAGAAAGUCAAGGUAGAGCUACUGCAACUGAAAGUGCAACUGGCUGAUGUGAUGAAUAAAGUGCGCUUUGACAAUAUCUUGGAUAUGAAUUCGGAAAAGAGCAGCGUGAAAGAAAUGAAAGCAGAGGAUGAGAAGAGACUUAUGGAAAGUUGGACCGAGAUAAUGGAAAUGAAUGCUGAGCAAAAUCGUCAUUUGACUCAGUCCAAUAUGAAAAUCGACACUGAAGUGGCAGGACUGAAAACCAUGUUGGAAGCUCACAAACUUGACACGAUCAAAUACCUUGCAGGUUCAGUCUUCACUUGUCUAACUGUGGUUCUCGGAUUCUAUCGCAUCUGGAUGUGACUCCGGGGAGUACAGGAAGAGCUGGUCAUCUGCACCACUGUAGCUCAAAAAGAGCCCAUUUGAACUGCCACCAUUUUGUGUUUGAUAAAUAGUCAAUCAAUAUAGGAACAAACAACCACUGGCUGAUGGCAUGAAGACAGAUGAAAUGCUUUGAUGUUGAUUGACAUUGAUAUUUCUAUGAGGACCAAUAACUUAAGAUGUAGAAGAUGAAUCCAGGAUGAACCCAGCAAACCAUGAACACGAAAGGCUGCACUUGUAAAGCACUGUCCAACAUUUUCUAUAGUAUUUUUCAUUUGUCUGUUGUGUUUUCAUAUUACAGAGUACCCUACAAAAUGAAAUGUUAUUUAAGAUAGAAUCCUGACAAUAAAUAUUAACAUGUAUUGCAAUUGA